UUUUUAAAUAACUCUGGCAUCUUCAUAUUCAAUGUGUCUGAUAAUGUUGGAAAUGACCCUGUCAUCUGGGAAUGGAAACCACAUUCUGGGCAACAAAUUACAAAGCAGUUGGGUAUUUUUCACAGAGAUGGCACAGGAUGGAAGGUGCAAUGAACAAGGAGUGUAAUGAUUUACAAAGCAUUUACAGCAAGAUAGACCAAAUUAACAGUACCCUUAAUCUGAGGAUUACACGACCUGGAUUUGAGCUUGCAGGAUUGUUUAGCUGCCGACAAGAAAAUCCCGGUACCACAAUCCUGGCACAAUAUGAAAUGUUUGGCAUUAAAGUUGAGACAGAUACGCAGAGCCCUGAAAUGGGCAGUGACAUCACACUGAGUUGCACCAUCUCCAGACUCUUGGAUACAGUCAGUCUUCACUGGAAACAGAAAAAUGGGAGGGACAAAAUCCAUCUGAAUAAUACAGUCUAUCUGAUAGUUAGAAAUAUUAGAAGACUGGUUUUUAAUCUCUAUACAUGUGAAGUACAGAAAAAUGGGACCACCAUAAUUACUGAGAAUAUAUAUGUGAAUCAAGUCACAGCGGAACCCUCUGAUGCAGAGACUGAGGAAGACUCCAUUACCCUGACCUGCUCUGUCUCUGAUGUCACUGAAUCAAUCAGACUUGUUUGGAUCGAUUGUGAUGGUAAAGUUGUUGCAGAGAAAACGGUGACUGGUCAUAAUGAAAAAGAGAAAUCCCUACGUCUGAUUAUUCAGAAAGCUGACAGAGCCAAGGGGAACUGGACAUGUGUUUUAUUGCAUCAGAACAGUCCCAAAGUUAUAAUCCCAUAUUAUCUGGAAAUUACAAGAAAUACAGUCUUUUUUUCAGAAAAUUCCAACAACUUAGUAUUAAAUGGUCCAGAACAUGCUGGAAAUGGUCCUGUCACCUGGGAAUGGAAACCACAUUCUGGGCAACAAUUGACAGAGCAGUUGGGUAUUUUUCACAGCGAUGGUACAAGGUGGAAAGUACAAUGGAGCAAGGAGUACAACGACACACAAAGCCUAUACAACCAGAUAAAUCAGGUUAAUGAUACCCUUAAUCUGAGGAUUACAAGACCUGGAUUUGAGCUCGCAGGAAUGUUCAGCUGUCGACAAGGACAGUCCAAUACCACAAUCCUGAAACAAUAUGAAUUGUUUGGCAUUAAAGGUAAGAAAAAUGAGCAUUAUUACAGCAAUAAUUAG